GGAAUGGAGGAGACGAGGCCGAGCUGAGAGAGAGAGAGAGAGGAGACAAGGAGGACCCAUCUGUCUGCAGUCACUGCACACCAUCUGCUCUCUGCUCUGCUCUGCUCCGCUAUCACCACCACUUCCUCCAAUCCUCUCUUGCUCUGCUCCCCAUCUCAUUCUCCGUUUCACUCCUCCAUCUCGCUGGCCCGCUCUGGCAGUCCAGCUCCAUAAAUCUAGCCACAUUUUCACCAGAGGGCAGAGGAGAGACACCCGUGCCAAGGUAGAUCAAUAUAGCAGGUACAGUACAGGAUGGAGGACGAGAGGUGGAAGCUGUCCAAGAAGGGGCGGAGCAGAUCCGGCAGGGCACACAUCAUGGACGGCGCCGGGAGCAGCAGCAGCAGCGCCACCGUGCUCAGCCGGAGCUACUCGGCCAGCGUGUGCAACACCAGGACAGGCGCCGCCACCGGCAGUAGCAGCAGCAGCAGCAGCAGCUCUCAAGGACAAGGGCAGGGGCAGGGGCAGCAAGGGUCGUCAGCGCGGCUGUCCAAGAAGUGCGUGGAGACGGUGAAGGAGCACCGAGCGCGCUUCUACAUCGUCCGCCGCUGCGUCUCCAUGCUCGUCUGCUGGCGCGACUACUAGCCACACCGGCCGCCGGCCCGGGCAUCCAUGAGACCAUGAUCCGCCCGUCCAUGUAGCUAUAAGAUGGAGCUAGCUAGCUGAGUCUCUCUCCACCUCAAUCCAUUCAUCUCCUUGCAUUGUUCUUUGCUUCCUAAUUUGUUUCUUGCUUUUAUUAAUCUGUGUAUGUACAUAAGUAUAAGGGGAGGCGAGAAGUAAGGGAUCGAGCUGAUCUGAGCAUUUGAGCAGGGGAAGCUACAUCUCUUCUUCUUUUUCCCCCUUCUAUGUAUCCCCAUUUUUGGAGCUGGGGCUCUUUGAUUGUGCUGCAUGCUGUUUUUGAGGGAGAA